UGAAAACUCUUAAAAAAUUUUUAAAAAAUAUAUCAAACUUUAAAAUUAAAAAAAAAAAUUAAUUCAAAUUAAAGCAUAAGAUUCUGCUCUCAAAAAAUGUCCCACAAUCCAUAUAGAUUUGUAGUAUAUGCCCUCAUUAUUAUAAUGGUGGCCACUAUAGCUCUAGAUAUAAUGUUAUUUCCCGUUUUAUGGACCUCAUUAUUAUUCUAUGGCUUAACCACAGCUGUAACAAUUUUUCGUGUUUUUGGACGUAAUGGUGCCACGAUUGUCAUACAUAUUGUCACAACUGUGGGAUUGCUUUUCAUGAUUUACGUACACUUUUACGAUGAAAGUCAUCUAAUCGAUGUUGAAUAUUAUAAAGAAGAGACGCGUUUAAGCUAUAGUAUGAUAUUGGAUCUCAAGCCAAAGACACCAUUGCCACCUAGAGCAAAUUUCAUGGCCCUCUGGCUUACUUAUCCCAUGUUAUAUUUGACUUUUGCCUCCAUCACCGGCAUACUCUGUAUUUUUAAUUUAUCUCUAAAUGUGCGCAAAAUGUUUGCUGGACUUCAUGGUACUUUGGGUCAUACCAUUACCAUGAUAUUUUUCUUAGUUUGUGUAUUUUAUGCUCAUUAUUUCAAGACCUACGAUUUGACGGUCACCAUUAAAAUGUUAUAUUACUUAACCUAUAUGAUUGUAAUGUUAAGUCCGAAUCUGAUUAGUUAUUCUCAGAUACUAAGCAAACAUUAUGCAGAUGAGCCAGAAGAGGAGGAAGUCGAAGAUGAUGAUGGUAUAGAAGUUGUGGAAGUAAGUGAUAAGAAAGAGGAGCAAAGAAAGGAACGAAAGAAAUGAACAUAAGAUUUUAUUAAUAUAUAAUUGUUUUGAUUUUAGCUUUUAUUGAUAUUUAAUAAAUAAAUAUUUUAUGUUCU